AACAGUGGGAUGCAUGGAAAAAUUAAUUAGCGAAGCAGUGUGUAUAAUAUAAUUAAAAUGAUAUAUUUAAAAUUGAAAUUAAGAAUUCUUAAUUGAAAAUCUCAUAUAUUUCGAAUGAAAAAUAUAAAAUUUUAGUAUUCGAUUUACUAUCAUAAAAUGAUAACGCGGUUCAUCUAAGUUUAGAUAAAAUGUAAAUUUACUAAUACCUUCAUUAAUCAUAAAAUGAAACAUUAGAUAAGUCCUGCAUAAAAAGGUACAGAAUUUAGACUAUCUUGUAGAACAGUAUAGAUAAGUUAAUAUUACGUGCGUGUGUACAGUAUGAAGAAACAAAUUAUAAAGCAAAGAAACGGCAAUCUUAUUGUGCAACAAGUACAAUUCGCCUUGAUUAUACAAGUACAAAUUAAGAAUUGCUCCUUAGUCUGUGUAAUAUAAAUAAUUCAUCUAAACAUUAUAUCACAAUAUUGCUUCCUAUGGCUGUGAUUACUGAGUCAUUUGAUGUUGACUUUAAGAGGGAGUAAUAUCAUAUGAAAACUCAUACUUCACGCCAUAUUUAUUUAUUAUUGUUCAUCGCUACCGAUAUAAUAUUAUUUGACACCUUAAAACAUGUCAUUAAUUGUUGUAUACAUAAAAAUAUAUGUAUAAUCUUUUUAUAAAUGUCUUUUGAUAAAUUUUUUUUUCAAACGAAGAAAAAUAUAUAUUUAAAUUAUUUUUAUGGUGCGAAGAUAUGAUUUUUUAACAAAAAAAAUAAAAUUUAUAAUAAAAUUUGGCAUAUAAAUUAAUCUAUGCAUGUAAAUAUACAUGUAUAUGUUAUGUGUAUAAUGUAAAAUGCCAAUACACCGAAUAAAUAAAUGGUAUUUAGUUCGGUGUUUAAUAAAUAUGCAUUUCGCAAUAAUCUUUAAAAUUUAAUAAUCGCGCAAAAUUUAAUUCUUUUUAAUUGUUUAAAUAAAUACUCACUUUAUAUAGUAUAAAAAGUAAUAUUAGCGUCUAAUUUUUAUUAAUAUUUACGAAAUUAAAUUUUAUGUAUAUUUGCAGAGAUCAUGAUGACCAAUUGAUUUUUAUGGACUAUUUACCUGAAAAAUUAAUAGAGUUACAUUUUAAUUAAUAUUUGCUUAUUAAAUUUUUUUUUGUCAACUUAUAUAUAAAAUAAUGCUCCCACUGAUAUAUUAUUGCAUAAGUUGAUAAUGUUAGCGCACGAAAAAAUAAAUGAACGAUAUACAAUAAAACGUAUUAUAUGUAAUAAUAAUGUAAAUAAAAUGAUUCUGUAAUGUAAAUAAAAUAUAAAAAGAGUCAUGAAAAUAUUAUUUUUGUCUAUUGAAUUAAUAAAAGAAACAUUAGAAAAUCGCGAUAACAUGUACUCUCAUUUCAGAGUUAUGCUAUGUUGAAAAUUAUUUAUAAAUGUAAUUUUUUUUUAAAUCAGUGGGCUUAUAUUCAAAUUUUGAUUACAAUUUUAUAUAAACUAUUGAAUACAUAAUAAAAUUAAAUCAUGACGACUAAAGGAGUCUGUGAUACACGUUGUCAGGCAUUUCAUACUGAAAUGAUAAAAAAAGAGGAAAACACACGUAUUAACUGGUUUUUGAAAAAUCAACAGAAAUUAUUGGAUCGUUUAGAAAAAGCAACAAAAGUUGAAUUGCCGCCGAAGUAUGAACCAGAGAAAAAACCAAGCAUAGGCAUUAUACAUUUAAAACCCCUACCAAAUUGGAGACCUCUCGAACCUGAUGGUUCUAUCAAUAUGAAUAUAAUGAAACCCAUUGAUCCACAAACGAGAGCCAUGUUAUUUGAAGACGCUCCAAGUUUUAUUACCAAUGAAAAUUAUACUUAUAAAAGAUUAAAAGAUCUUCCAGAAAAUCGUUAUUACUAUCCGGAGUGUACAAAUUGGAUAUAUGGAUGGCGUCUAUCAGAUUAUCCAUCAAUUCCACGAAGUAAAUUUUCACAUACAUUUGUUAUGAUGCGUGAAUUUUAUCAUCCAAAAAUAUCAAGUCUUCAUAAAGAUCCAGAAUGGUAUCGUCCUUCAAGAAGAUUAACAUUUGUAUGCGACGAUUAAUGAAUUAAUCAUUUUAUUAAAUAAAAUUUCAAACAGGUAUAUUUCUAUUCCA